ACCAAAUUCUUUCUCUGCAAAAUGUAGGCAACUUUUUCUUGCCAAACUUUAAGACCCGUUCGCGUGUUUGGAAGUGGUCUUAAUUCAUCCAAGGGAAAUACUUUAGAGCGGUUUAGCUCUCAGACAGUCUCUGGUUUAGCUCCACAGUUUCCAUAGAUGUUUCCAGUCUCACCGCGACGCCAUGACUCCUGAUGUAACCUGAGCCCUUCAAAGAAACACGGACUUUUGGGGGAACAGUUCAAGAACAAGAUGGCUGUCCUGCAGCUGGAAGACUAACUUUCUCCGACCACUUAAACUUUACUUUUUGCUUAGAAAAUGUAAACUAGCGAGUGCUGAUAUUGUUUAUUAGUUAAGAUUGAAUCAAGCGACAAAAGCCACUUUCUCUGGACGCUAUGGAUGCUUUGUGAGUUUGCUGAGGCUCAGAUUUGCUGCUGGAUGUAGGAGCAGCGCAUCGCAUUUAGAAAACAGUUUUUUGUGAGUUUUUUGCGUUGACGUUUUACUAAACCACCAGUCCAACACUAACGGAAAUGCUUUAAAGAGUUCGUAUUUGGGUAAAACUAAAAUAAUCAUUUGGACUAUGAGUUCAUCCCGAGUCAGACCACAGCAGCCUGCGCAGAGCCCCGCGGCCAGGUCCCCGCACAAACUGGACUCUAACGAGGGCAUAGAGAUGGAGAACAUCCAGCAUCAAGACCUGGGGCUCGGGGGAGUCAUCGGGACCCCAUCACCUCCGUCCAGACAAGCGUGGAGCCGGGACAACCCAGGCUUUGAACCCGAGGAUGAGAUCAUGAAAGCGGACUGGCCUCCAUCGAGCCCCGGGCGCAGAUCCGCCUCCACGGCCUCCAGCAGCAGCUGCAGCAGCGGCCUGGGCAGCUUCACCGGCGGCGCGAACGGCCACAUGCCCCGAGGAGCCAUGUACCCUACUCCCACUGUGGACAACCAGGACAGACACCCGAGCUGCAUGAAGCUCAUACUGCACAAGAUCAGAGUUUUGUGGGGCACGGAGCUGAUGGAGGACAGUGACAGCAGCAGGGAAAGAUAUCUGUGGAACAUCUUGAGGGAAAUGCUCACAUAUAUUGCAUUCCUCAUCACUCUUUGUAUCUUGACAUACGGGAUGGUCAGUGCUAAUAUGUAUUACUACACCAAAGUCAUGUCUCAACUUUUCCUGGACACACCACUGUCUGCUGGAGAUCCGGCAACGUUUAGAAAUCUUGCCACCAUGGAUGAUUUCUGGAAGUUCACAGAAGGACCCUUUCUAAACGGCAUGUACUGGGACGUGUGGUACAAUAACAAAAGCCUGUCGACCAAUCAGAGCCUUAUUUACUAUGAGAACCUCCUCCUUGGCGUCCCCCGACUGAGACAGGUCAAAGUGCGCAACGAGUCCUGCUCCGUUCACGAGGACCUCCGAGACAUAGUCCAGGACUGCUACGACAUGUACACCAUCAGCAAUGAGGACACAGCUUCAUUUGGACCCAAGAAUGGAACAGCAUUUGUGCACACUACAGAAAGUGACAUGAACAGCAGCAGUUACUGGGGUCAAGUCUCAAAAUACGGAGGUGGAGGAUUUUACCAGGACCUGUCCCGCACCAAAGGGGAGUCCUCGCGUCAAUUACUAUAUCUGAAACAAAACUCGUGGCUGGACAGAGGCACCCGAGCUGUAUUCCUCGACUUCUCUGUCUACAACGGCAACAUCAACCUCUUCUGCAUCAUCAGGUUGUUGGCGGAGUUCCCUGCCACCGGCGGGGUCGUGACCUCUUGGCAGUUUCAGACGGUGCGUUUGAUCAGAUACGUGACGAGCUGGGACUAUUUUGUGGGCAUGUGUGAGAUCGCGUUCUGCCUGUUCGUCCUUUACUACGUGGUGGAGGAAGCUCUGGAGAUCCGCAUCCACCGGCUCCAUUACUUCAAAAGUCUGUGGAACUGCCUGGACGUCCUCAUCGUCAUGUUAAGCGUUGUCGCGAUUAUCAUGAACAUAACCAGAACAGCCAUGGGGGGAAACCUUCUGAAGAUCUUGCUGGAGAACCACACAGCUCAUCCCAGUUUCGAGACCUUGGCAAACCUGCAGGUUCAGUACAACAACGUGGCUGCUGUCAUCGUGUUCUUCUCUUGGGUUAAGCUCUUCAAAUUCAUCAACAUAAACAAAACCAUGAGCCAGCUCUCCAACACUAUGUCUCGAUGCGCUAAAGACCUGGUGGGGUUUGCCAUCAUGUUCUUCAUCAUUUUCCUGGCGUACGCGCAGUUGGCCUACUUGGUGUUUGGAACGCAAGUCGACGAUUUUAGCACAUUCCAGGACAGCAUUUUUACUCAGUUCCGCAUUAUCCUGGGCGACUUUGACUUUUCAGAAAUCGAGGAGGCAAACCCAGUGCUUGGACCGCUCUAUUUCACCACCUUUGUGUUUUUUAUUUUUUUUAUUCUCCUGAAUAUGUUCCUGGCCAUCAUUAAUGACACUUACUCAGAAGUGAAGGCGGACAUGUCGCAGCAGAGGUCUGAGAUGGAGAUGACAGAUCUCAUUAAGAAGGGCUGUAACAAAGCUCUGAUGAAGCUGAGACUGAAGAAGACCACAGUUGACGAUAUCUCUGACAGUCUGCGGCAAGCUGGGGGCAAACUCAGUCUGGAUGAACUCCGUCAAGAUCUUAAGGGAAAAGGUCACACAGAGGCAGAAAUUCAGGCGAUCUUUGCCAAAUAUGACCAAGAUGGCGACCAGGAGCUGACGGAGCAUGAACACCAACAAAUGAAAGACGAUCUGGAGAAAGAGAGAGAGGAUUUGGAUCUGGAGCGUAACUCUAUGAGCCGACCAAGCACCGGGCGGAGCUUCCCUCGGACACAGGAGGACUCGGAGGAGGACGACGACGAGGACAGCGGUCACAGCUCUCGUCGCCGUGGCAGCAGCUCUGGGGGCGUGUCCUACGAGGAGUUUCAAGUCCUGGUGAGGCGCGUGGACCGGAUGGAGCACUCGAUCGGCAGCAUCGUGUCGAAGAUUGAUGCUGUGAUUGUGAAGCUGGAGACCAUGGAGAGGGCCAAGCUCAAAAGAAGAGACGUGCUCGGCAGACUGCUGGACGGAGUCAUGGAGGAUGAGCGUCUGGGGCGGGACUCGGACGGGCACAGGGAGCAGAUGGAGCGGCUGGUGCGAGAGGAGCUGGAGCGGUGGGAGUCUGAUGAUAUGGCCUCACAGGUGAGCCACGCCCAGGCCGCGACACCAGUGGGUCCAAGGCCACGCCCCCCGUCCUCUCUGUCCACGGACGGGCCUGAAAGCACCCUCAGCAGUGGGCACGUGUGAAGGAGGAAACAACAUCACUUUGCCAUGGAAAAACUGAGCUGGACAUUUUCCUGUAUGAAGUAAUAAGGGACACAUAAACCGCCUUUUGCACAGUGCGCUCACUGAAAGAAACACACUUCUGUUCUCCUCAGACUGCUCUGCACUAUGAGCGCAUUUGGAAAAGUCUCUCUUGGGAGAAGUAGAGAGAAUAUGAAGGAUGUAAAUGCUGAAUUAUGAAGGUAUUGUAUAUUUGGUACUAUGCAAUCUUUACCAUAGAAAUGUUUCGUCAUAGAGAGUGUGCUCAGCAGCUUUCAGUAUCUUCACAUAAUUAUGAGCGUUCCACCAAAAGCCAUUUGUCUGAAUGUUAAUGUUUGAUCUUUAACUUACAUUAGGUACGAGUGUGGCACUUUGUCAUGUUUACUCACCUUCUGUUCACCUUAAGCUUCUGUUACAGCUUAUUACGCAUUUCUGAUACAUAUUGUAACAUUAAACAAACUUCAGUUUGGAGUGCAUCUAGUGUUCAUGGGAAACCCAUGCAUUUAUUUUUUAAUUGUGCCUUAUUUUUUAUAACGCAGUUUUUAUCUAUUACACCAAUAAAGUAAUAAUACCUAUUA